AUGGCGAACGACCCCAUGCGAGUGAAGCUGGAGCAGCUUGACGCUCUUUCGGGAGAAGCCGAGAACGACCCGGCGAAGUUCGGGCGGCUUCUGAACACCGCUAUGAGGGCGGGGGCUGCUGCUGGCGGAGACACUCAGCAGACGGAGGCCACGAUCGACGCGCAAGAGGAGCAGGACCUGAUGAAAGAACUCGAGUCUCAGCUCUACGGCUGCGAGAUGGACAUCUCCUCCCAGGACGCCCAGCCGACCCAGUACGAUCUGCCACCUGCUGACUUGCAGACAGAAGGUACAAAGGAUGGCUUUCAUGCCACGUUGGAGCAUCUCAUGCGUGAGGUCGGGCUCGAGGAACGCGAGGAUGAUGCGAUCAGAAAAUCUCCAAAGCGAGAGCUUGAAAUUGAUUUUGCCAGGGUCGCCAAGGAACUGGAGGAUGAAACCAUGUUGGCCAAGGAACAUGAGGAAGCUGAGAAAGCCAGCAGAAUGGCGAAGGAAAGGGAGGAAACUGAGAAAGCAAGGUUGGCCAAGGAAAAGGAAGAAGCUGAGAAAGUAAGCAAAAUGAUCAAGCAAAUGGAGGAAGCUGAGAAAGGCAGGUUGGCCAAGGAAAGGGAGGAAGCCGAGAAAGCCAUCAGAAUGGCCAAGGAAAUGGAGCAAGCCAAGCUGGCCAAGGAAAGGGAGGAAACUGAGAAAGCCAGGAUGGCCAAGGAAAUGGAGGAAGCCAAACUGGCCAAGGAAAGGGAGGAAGCUGAGAAAGUCAGGAUGGCCAAGGAAAUGGAGGAAGCCAAGCUGGCCAAGGAAAGGGAGGAAGCUGAGAAAGUCAGGAUGGCCAAGGAAAUGGAGGAAGCCAAGCUGGCCAAGGAAAGGGAGGAAGCUGAGAAAGCCAGGAUGGCCAAGGAAAGGGAGGAAGCCGAGAAAGCCAUCAGAAUGGCGAAGGAAAUGGAGGAAGCCAAGCUGGCCAAGGAAAGGGAGGAAACUGAGAAAGCCAGGAUGGCCAAGGAAAUGGAGGAAGCCAAGCUGGCCAAGGAAAGGGAGGAAGCUGAGAAAGCCAGGAUGGCCAAGGAAAGGGAGGAAGCUGAGAAUGCCAGGUUGGCCAAGGAAAGGGAACAGUUCAGGCUGGCAAGAUUGGCCAAGGACAAGGAGGAGGCCGAACAUAUGAGAUCGGCCAAGGACAAGGCCAAGGAAAAGGAAGUCGACAUGGCAACACAGGCGGCAAAAAAAUACCAGGCUUUGCCGAUGAACGCGACAAAGUUGCAAAAGCUACAGCUCUUGCAGGACAUUAUGGCUACUGGGGAUGAGGGUUGCAAGCAGUUCUGCAAGGAUGAGCUUGCAAAACUGAUCAAGCCGAAGGCAGCAACGCCAGCUCCGGCCCCUACCAGUGAUGCCGAUCCUCCGGCCCCUACCACAACGGGUGCCGAUCCUCCGGCCCCUACCACCAGGGGUGCCGAUCCUCCGGCCGCUACCACCAGGGGUGCCGAUCCUCCGGCCCCUACCACCAGGGGUGCCGUUCCUCCGGCCCCUAAUGCCCCGACCUUUGAUGAUGUCAGUGCGAAGAUGGGUUGGUCAAGUCCUGCAACCCCACGCAUGGUGGAGGCACCUGGUACGCCAUCUCCUGCAACGCCUGGCAGUGCAAUCACAACGCCUGGCAGUGCAAAAACAACGCCUGGCAGUGCAAGCGACGGCUUGGUCCAAGGUUCUGCGCCACUCUACAACCGAAAGAACGCCGCCAUGUUCUUGAAUCGCCUGAAAGGCAACCCAAAGAGGAUGCAAGCCUUGCCUGAUGACUUGGCAAAGUUGGUGCGGGACGAAGAUUCAAAGAGCAAAGCCAUCGACUUGAUCGUCGCUGCAGGAGGAGACGAAAAUGAGCUGGUCGGGCAGUGGACUGCAUCGUCCAUUUCUGUGGGGACGGACAAGGAAAAGGGAAAGAUGAAACCUUUGACGGAACAGGAAUUGAUCGGCAAGUACGGUGCGGUCAAUGCUGCGAAGGUGAUGGAGGAAAAAAGGAAGGCUGGUUUGGAGGUUGAUGAUCCCAAUUGUAAAGGGCUCAAGCUUUACUUGCACAACGAGUGGCAGAGGGAAUGGACGAGAGGCACAGAAGAACGAAGCAGUUUCACUGCUUCCGGAGAAGUUCGUGCGGGUGACGCUGCCAACGUUGCACAAAUUCUCAGUGUGCCCCGGCGGGCGCUGACAGGGCCCGGCCAGGAUGAUGAGGACAAUGUGGACAUGGAGGAGGACCCAAAGCCACUUCCGAACAAAAAACCAAAGAAAGCCAGGAAAAAUGAAGCCAGCGGCAAAGAGAAAGAGGAAGACGGUGAAACUGAGCCGGAAGCACCACGAGUGGAGAAACUUACACCGCUGGACAAGGCGGCAGACUUAAGGGGGCGGGCCCUCUCGAAGGCCAACCACGCUGGCUCGAUGCGGAAGCAGUUGAAAGGAGUCAGCUAUGCGACUGAAUGCCUCAAGGAGAUGACCAACUUCGAGCAGGAGUUCCAGGCGAUCUACGACCAGGUGGACAAGCUCAUCUCUGAGCUGGUCCACGAUGAUGGGGUCUAUCUUCCCAUUGCUACCAGAUAUCUCGAUAUCGCGAAGCGUUAUGAGAGGCCCAGCAAGGUAGCAAACAGCUUGAUCCGAGCUGCGAAGGCGACUCCGAAGGAUCCAACCGCGCCCAAAGGAUCGGCUAAAGCCAAGUCCAAGAAGCGCAAAGCCGCGGAGGGAGCCUAG